AUGGCAAAGAAACUGCAAAUGUGCGGCACUGAGGAGGAGAUGCGCGAGGUCGCCGGCAGGAUCUGCAGGAACUACCUGCACGGCGCCUGGAAGAGCGUCAAGCCCCAGGAGUUGGAGUUCAGACGGAUCAGCGGAGGGCUCUCCAACUUCCUGUACUACGUGGCUCUACCGGAAGACACGAGCAAGCUGGGCGGCUACACGCGCCGUGAGAGCUCACCGGAAACCGAGCUCGAGAAUCCGGUGUCCAGGUUCACAGGCAGAUCCAUGGUCAGAUCCAGUUCGUUCUCCAUCGAGGAGCCGAGAAAGGUUCUCCUGAGGAUAUACGGACAAGUCCACGGCGAGCGGGCAAUGGACGCGAUAGUGACAGAGUCCGUCAUCUUCACACUGCUGUCGGAGAGGCGGCUCGGCCCCAAGCUGCACGGCGUGUUCUCCGGAGGCAGGAUCGAGGAGUACAUACCGGCUCGCUCGCUGCUCACGAAGGAGCUCUCGGAGCCGGCUCUGUCUAUGAAGAUCGCUGAGAAGAUGGCCGCCAUCCACUCUAUGGACGUGCCGCUUUCCAAGGAGCCAAACUGGCUGUGGAAGACCAUGUACAAGUGGCUGCGUACGGUCAAGGAGGAGAGACUCUCGCAGACUGUGGUUGGCAAGAACGAGGACGAGCAGGAGAUAAUAAAGCGCCUGAAGGGCGUCGACUUCGACAAGGAGAUUGAGUGGCUGAAGAAGUUCAUCGCGACCGUCGAUUCCCCGGUGGUGUUCUGCCACAACGAUAUGCAGGAAGGCAACAUCCUGCUGCUGGAGGACGCGCCGUCCGGCGCCAUCGAGGAGGAGCUGGUCCUCGAGGCCUUCGAGCCCCUGGGCCAGUUCGAGGACGCGAACACCUCCGACAGCGUCGCCAGCCGCAUCUCGGACAGCGGCGAGCCGCGCCUCGUGCUCAUCGACUUCGAGUAUUGCGCGUACAACCACCGCGGCUUCGACAUCGCGAACCACUUCCAGGAGUGGGGCUACGACUACACCAACCCCGGGCACCCGUUCUACUACGAGGACCAGGAUAACUGCCCCAACUUGGAGCAGAAGGAGAUAUUCAUCAGAGAGUACCUGAAGCACUACUUCUGCGCGGUGGACAGCAAGGAGUCGCGCGAGCCCUCGAUCGAUGACGUCAACCAGCUCCUGGCCGAGGUGGACGCCUUCGCGCUGGCCAGCCACCUCUUCUGGUGCCUCUGGUCGGUGGUGAACGCCUCCAAGAGUCAGAUACCCUUCGGAUACUGGGAAUACGCCCUGUCGAGGCUGGAGACCUACCAGCGGCUCAAGUUGGAGGUGAUCAAGAAGGACAAGUAUGGCUUCCCGCAGAAGAGGAAAAUAUGCGAGGUCGACAUA